GUAAACGGUGGUUUACUCGCUAAUUUACCGCCAAUAGGUGGUGAUGACCCUCCCAUCGUGAAGAAAAAUCGGGAAACAAAGGAAGGUGCAAACAAAGGUUGGCGCUGAGGAGGAUUGAACCCGCAACCUCUGGCACUGAAUAACCACAUAUGGAUUCCUUCUCUCAAACUUUUAGACAACGAAAGGACGCGUCAUUCGAAUACGCCUCUUCGUAUCUUUUUCGCGCUUCGCGCGAAAUAAAUAUAAAUCGUUCCCGGGUUGCCCUACCCAUGGUCGCUGAGCCCAAUUAUACAAUCAACCAAACCGCACAUAGGCAGGCCGGCGACUUGCAUGCGUGGGCUAGAAACGCCAACAAGAAACAUCAGCACAGUGCCCGAGCCGGCCAAUCACACCAGGUCCUAGUCUAUGGCUCUUCGAAAUUCCAUCGCCUCGAGAAUGCGAGGGGCGGCUACGGCGUUGUGUAGGUCGGCAACAGCAGCCGAACGCCAGGUGGCGCCGAUUCGACUACUGCGGUCAACGACUGCACGGGGUGAGGGGGCGCAGCCGGCCGACACAUCUGCAGAAGAUAUGACCAAGAAAUUUGGAGAUCCUUCGUUUUGGGAAAGGAAGUACACCGGCCCCCAAGGUCACAAGGCAUUCGAAUGGUUCCUGUCAUACGAUAGAGGGUUGAAAGAAUACCUUCUUCCUGUAUUGGAGUCAUUGGUGAUGAUGCCCUCCUCCCACUCUCGAGAAAGCCACAGACUUCUCCACGUUGGUUGUGGAACCAGCGAGGUGGGCCCCAAGCUAGCGGAGGAACCAGCCUUGUCGUCGCUUCACGUGACGGAUAUCGACUCCAGCCCCACCGCCGUGAGGCUAAUGCAGAAGCGCCACGCGGCUCUCGGCAACUACGACUGUCGCGAGGGGGAUGUUCUCAACCUUGAUUUUCCGGCCGACCGCUUCGAUGCGGUCGUGGACAAGGGGACGCUGGACGCCCUCCUGUGUCGAAGCGCUGAGGACGCCCUAGCUAUGGUGUCUGAGGUGCAUCGGGUUCUCCGCAAGGGAGGCGUGUACGUCCAGAUUUCAGCGGAGGACCCCGAGAUGCGCUUGGAACUGCUCACGGAAUGCGGCAGCAGCUCAUGCCGUGGGCCGUGGUCUCGCUCUAUCUUCAAGGAGCUCGGAGAGAGUGAGGGAUCGGCGGCGUACUAUAUGUACGUCCUCGUCAAAUAGUGUAGUUAAUUCGGAUGUGUGUUGUGGUCCGAUGUAUAGGGGAAGGGCUCAGGACAUCCGACGAAGCACGUUCCGUGUAUGUAUGUACUGCUGGCUGUGAUUCUCCGUUUGUUUCCUUACGGGUGAGGCGUGUGCGGCCCCUUGAGCGUUGUUUGCCCUUGACGGCCCAAUUUAGCAUAUUGUCCUGAUUGGUGUGUCGGAUAAUGAUGAUAUUGUUUUGGUGCAGCCAGUAUGCGGGGCUGCUACAUUACUCACAUAUGUAUGUCAAAAAAAUCUUCUUCGGUAUUCGUGCGCUUGCUUCCUGUUGGUUUAUCCUCGGCUUGGAGUGUCAAUUGAUCGUUGAUUUCAACACCCCCUUCAGACAUUUCCCGUAGAACGUGUAGACUGUUGUUGUUGCUCGAGGUGUGGACGCCUGAGGUUUGAUGUUUGUGCGACGUCUCUUCGGAGCAUCUCUCUUUCCGGGGUGGUUCCACUUCUUCUGUCAUGGGUACUGUGAGGGGUUGGGUGGGUGGGUGGGCAGACUUACUGCUUCCUUUUUCCUCCGUAUUUUCUCGCUUCUCGAAGGCAAUGGAGACGAUGAUAGCAAUGACAGAAGUUGCCCGCAGUUUCCGAUCGGCCCAAUCUGUUCAAGGGUAUUUCCGGGUGACAGAAAAUCCCUGAUAUUCGCUGCUGUUGUUGCCAUAGUCACCGGCGGUGGGUAAUACUUCAAAGCAUUACGUGUUACAGUGGUACCAUUGUACCAUUCGCAUUACCAUGCGACGCUUGGAACAGGGGC